CAUUACUGUCGUGUGCAGACAGGGAACCGUCCGACAAAGGUUGUACUUUUAUAGUAGUACUAGAAUAACGAAAACUGAUUAUGAUCGUUUCACUUUGAUGAGAGUCGCCUACUGAUUUGAGCAAAUUAUAUCACAACCAAAAUGGUUUCCGACACGAUGCUAGGUCCUCCUGCGUCUGAGACGCCGCUCUAUCCUGAAAGUGGCACCAGCGGUAGAUUAUGGCUUGCCGUAAAAAUUCAUCUUAUAAGAGGCAUCUUUGACACGAUUUCAUGGAGAAUAUCCGUCGAAGAUGGGAGACUUUAAGGUGAAAAAUAUCGGUAAGGUCUAAGUAGAGCAGGACCUUCAGAGCGGCAUAUGCUCUCUGGGUGUUACGAGCUCUUGCAUUUUGGACAUUUGAACGCGUUGAGACAGGUGAAGCAGAGCGCGCCAAAUGUGCAUGUAGUGGCUGCGAUACAUCCGAACGCGGAAAUUUUGAGGGUGAAGGGGGGAGUGUGUAUCCUGGAUGAGACGGAGAAGGAAAGGCUUUUGUUGGGUAAGAAGUCUAAUUUGAAUUUUAAUUUCUAAGUAGAAUUACUAGAAGAAGUCUUGUAUAUUGUGAUGUCGAACAACUAAAAUCAAAGGUUGCAAAUUUGUGGACGAAGUUGCUCACGGCGUGGCUUAUGAUACGGUCGAGCCGGAGAAGUACAAUUGCGCCUACUGUUGGCACGGUGACGAUGAAGUCGUAGUUAGCGGCAACGACAUUUUCGGAUACGCAAAGAAACAAGGCAGGUUCAAGACUUUGCGUCGGACUGAGGGAAUCUCGACUACCUUGAUGAUUUCCCGCUUUUUGCAUCAGUCAUCUUGUUCGUUAGAAGAACUGCAAGACGGCUCGCCAAGUAGGAGUGGGAGUGCCAAAGCCCAGCGCAAAAAAGUGCAAAAAAAGCAUCGUUCUCUCGGCGAAGCAAUCCUGUCGCAGCAGGACAGAGCGAGCAUUCAGUACAUUAAUGCGACAACAUCAAGAAUAAGCCGUUUUUUCUUGCCUGGAAGGCCAAGGACAAUGUGCAAGUCAGUCGUUUACGUCCAAGGCUGCUUUGAUCUGUUUCAUGUGGGUUAUCUUGACCUAUUGCAUUUGAUCUUAGAAACUGAGAGGGAUCGAAAACAGUUGCAAAGUGUGCAAGACGUCUUUUUGGUAGUGGGCGUGCUGUUUAGCUAUUCGGCAACGACCGCGCAGAGGAGCGCAUCGGCAUCAAACAAGAACAACCAGGAGGAUGGUUCAAAAAAGGGGAAAGAAGAUGGUGCGUUAGAAAGAACGCCAUCCUCAGCAUCGGUUGUCAGCAGCUUACCGGAUCCAGAACAGUCGUCCACCUCAAUACACGAAGACAGAUUCCGCUGUCUGCAGAGCCUGCACGAACGUGGUAUAUUAAGGCAGGAGCUCAGUCUUUGACUUUCUUAUCUACGUGAAUCAAUCCGUUCUGAUGAAUUGAAUGUUCUUGCAAAUCGAGAAUGAUAAUUUCAUCCAUCGUCCUCGUGGUUCCAGUGCAAGAACAUACUAGAAGUGCUAUAGCUUCUUUCAUCAAACACCCUCUAAGCCUCAGCAUCCUGAGUCUGCGUUGUGUCGAUGACGUGGUUCUAGACGUCUUGAAUCCGGUGGAUGAGACUCUGCUUAAGGGUAGGUUAAAGGUGCUUUUCUUACCGCUUUUUAUGCCUCUCCUAAGGGAGAAAGGCAUAAAAAGCGGGGUAAGCGAGCACCAAAAACCUACCUCUAAUCUGCGUCGCUCUCUGGGAAUUGACACGGUAUACGGUAUCAAACACCAUCCGGACUUCGUGUACAAUGCGACUACUGAAGAGGAGAUUUUAUGACAGGAACUAUUUACUGAUUUUGAUCAAGAAUGAACAUGUUGCGACGAGUGCUGCGAGUGCGAGAACAACAUUGUAGUAAAUGAGGUAGACAUGAUUGUAGACACUUCUGAUCAACAUGAUGAUCAAACCUCACUCUUCUAUUCUCUUUUCUCUACUGUCUACAAGAACCUCACUCGAAGAUUCUCUUUUCCAUCUCGUCCGUCGUAGUCAGGAGCGGCAACUUCUAACAUUCGACGUCUGGGUAGACGGUAAGAAUGUCUUUUCUAGCGAGACGAUCGUCCAACGCGUGUUGGAUUCGAGGAAAACACUAGAGGAAAGGCAAGCGAAAAAAGUGGAACCAACGAUCCAAGUCGCUGCGAAUGCAGAACUUGUUGAUAACUCCUAG